AGCCGUUUUUCCUCUCAUAAUUUGGCAGCACUGGAUACAACAGCCCUGAAAAAGUGCCGUUACGCAUAUGUUAUUUGGAUUUUCAUGAUGAGUGCAACUAGACAUGUGAAUGCACUUGCCUGUGUGGACCAAAAUGAUGUCGUGUCGUUGCGCAUCAUAUGCUCGAAAGCCCGUAAUCAUCAGUACAACAUAGAAGAGCUGGAUAUGUACGGGAACACCGCCUUACUUAAAGCUUGCUACAUGGGAAAGUUUGAGUGCGCUCGUAUAUUGCUUGAUUUUGGGGCCGAUAUUUAUGCCAUCAACUAUUUUGGACAAAAUGCACUAACCUUAGCAACAUAUGCUGGUCAUUUUCAACUGGUGCUGGAAUUGUUGCGCCAUCGUACAUACCAGGACUUUAAUUUAUCUUCACUCAUACCAGCAAUUUGUGUGGCGACAAUGGAAAAGCAUACAAUUUUAGAGGAUUAUUUUAAGCAUCUGGAUCCAAGGGGUGCCGAGGAUUUACAUACUGUGCACGGGCUUGGAGUAACUGACUUGCGUCAGAUAGUAAAUACAAAAUUAAUAAGGAAACAACCGCAACUAUUUCAAAAAAAAUAUUAAUACAAGUGAUUAGAAUCUAAGUAAUGUCCUAAUUGUCUAUUUUUAUUGAAGAGUAAUUUUGAAAUAAAUAUUGCCAUUUGUACCAGGGCUGCAUAUACGAAAACACCAUUCACCACUUUUGCAGCUGUUGGGCAACGCCGCGACUUUCCGCCAAAUUGACAGCUGUUGUUCGCGCCAAAACGCCUAGUUUUGCCGCGACAAAGGUAUUCAUCAUAUUAAAGUCGGCCAAGUAGCACGCUGUAGCGACGCGCUCGUUGAAUUUCGCAAAACUUGCAUAUUAGAGAAA